AUGUCACGAACUCUCCCCAAGAAGACCAACCCGCUGAUCCUCAGCGACGCCUCUCCGGCCUACGAGGAGCUUCUUGCGCGCCGCCGUCUCGGCAAGACCAAUCUUUCCGUUAAGCCCGGCCUGAUCGGCUCAUCGAAUGCAACCAAACCCGAGAACCUGGGUGUCUUCGAGUAUGCUCACCUCCGGGCUCCCUUGCCCAAGGACUUGAAGGGCUCUGAGAUCUUCCCCUCGCACUCCCCGGCUCAGCAUCCAGAGACCUACUUCUUAAUGCGGAGGAGUAAGGACGGCUUCGUCAGCGCAACUGGCAUGUUUAAAAUCGCGUUUCCCUGGGCCAAGACCGAUGAGGAGAAGACUGAAAGAGAAUAUCUGAAGUCUCGAGAGUACACGAGCCAGGAAGAAGUCGCUGGCAACGUCUGGAUUUCCCCAACUUUUGCUCUCGAACUUGCCCAAGAAUACAAGAUGUACGACUGGGUACGCGCCUUGUUGGACCCCACAGAAAUCGUGCAGAGCCCGUCGACCUCGAAGAAGCAGAUCACCCCGCCACCCAAGUUCGACCUUCCCGAGGAUGAUCGAGCCUUGGCCCAGCGCCGAAGCCGUCGCUCAGUGUCGCCUAGCAAGAAGACCACUUCGCCUCGCAAGUCCCGCAAGGCCGGUUCUGCGAAGGAUGCUCCCAGUACUCCUUCAACAGCGGCUGCCAACAACAGUCUCCAAGAGGCGUUGUCACUGACAGCCGCCAUGGAGUCAGAUGAGCUACCUGUGUUCGAAAUGGAGGAAAUUGAAGUGAAGACCACGGAGUCACCGAAGAAGAAGGGCCGUAAAUCUAGGAAGGCUGCUGAGGCCGAGGAGGAGAAGGAAGAAGACAUGGAGAAGGAGACCAAGAAGGACGAAAAGGAAGCAAAGAAGGAAGAGAAGAAGACCGAGAAGAAGAAGAAGGCUGCUGCGAAGGAGACGGAAACCGAGGUCGAGGUUAAUGAGACUACUGAAGCCACACCAACGGGCAAGUCUAUCCUGACGACCUUAUCGGACGAUAUGCCCGUUAGCCUGGCAGAAAUGCCCUCGCCUUCCGCCAAGGAUAUGCUCGCCGAGGCCAAGGCGAUGGUGGCAUCCGUCAGCGGCCAUAGUGAGGGAUCCCCAUCUGGCAAGGUGACGAAGAAGCGCAAGCCCGAAGAAGACGAUGAUGAGGAGACCGUGGCCGAGUCUGCCCAGCGGGUAAAGAAGGCCAAGGUGUUGGAGGACAAGCUUAAGCGCGAGCGUGUCCGCAACCGCGCUCUUUUCGGCGUUUCCGCCGCCUUUGCUCUUGCUGCCUCUAUCCCCUACUUCUUCUAG